AUGCCAGUCAUCGCUGCAAAACGCUCGUUGCGAUCUCACCCUUCCUCGCCUCCCCGUAAAUCGCCCCGCCGAUGCACCGCUGCAACUCCCAAUUCCUCCCCCAAUGUAAACAAAUUCGGCACCGAUGAAAACCAAGCUCAUCCGGCAGCUGUGAAACCGAAGUGGAAUCCCAAAGAUGGUGAGCAAAUGAAGGCGGCGAAGCUAGCAUUGCACUUGUCCACUGCGCCGGCUUCGGUUGUGUGCCGUGAGGAGGAGCAGAAUGUUGUUUUAGAAUUCUGCAAAGGGUGCGUUGAGCACAAAAAGGCCGGGAGUCUGUACAUAUGCGGGUGUCCCGGAACCGGAAAAUCGUUAUCUAUGGAGAAAGUGAAAGAGCAAUUACUCAAUUGGGCUAAGGAGGCAGGUCUCCCGCUGCCAGAUGUUUUAUCUGUAAACUGUACAACUCUAGCUAACACAUCGGAUAUCUUCACAAAGAUGCUUGGGUCAAACCAAACACAGGGUAAAAAGGUUUCAGCCACGCCCUUACAGCAACUUCAGAACAUGUAUUCUCAGAAAUCACCUAUCAAGAACAUGACAUUGAUUGUAGCUGACGAAUUAGAUUAUUUGAUAACCAAAGACAGAGCCGUGCUUCAUGAUCUUUUCAUGCUCACCACCUUCCCUUUUUCUAGAUGUAUAUUAAUAGGUGUAGCGAAUGCCAUUGACUUAGCUGAUCGAUUUCUUCCAAGGCUUACAUCAUUAAAUUGCAAGCCUGCUGUUGUAAAUUUCCAGGCUUACUCGAAAGAUCAGAUCCUCAAGAUUCUUGAAGAAAGGUUAAAUGAACUUCCUUACACCGUCUUUCAACAGCAAGCCCUGGAACUAUGUGCUAGAAAAGUUGCUGCAGCUUCUGGAGACAUGCGCAAUGCCCUUUCUAUAUGCAGGAGUGCAAUUGAGAUGCUUGAAGCAGAAGUUAGAGAAUCUGCCUGCAAUAUGAAUACUUCAUUGGAAGAGAUAUCAUUCUCUACGCAGAAUGUUCCUACAGCUCCUGAUCUUAUGAAAAAACGGGAAUUUGAUACUGUAAGGACUGAUCACAUGGCUCGAGCCUUGUCCAAGACUUAUAGAUCACCGGUGGUGGAUACAAUACAAUCUCUGCCACAUCAUCAGCAGAUUAUACUCUGCUCUUCUCUGGCUCAUUUUCGUGGAGCCAAGAAAGAUACAAUCCUCGGAGAGUUGUAUAAAUCGUAUGUGGGGACGUGCAGAUCAUCUUUAAUUCCUCCAACAGGAAUCUUAGAAUUUUCGAACAUGUGUAGAGUGCUAAAUGACCAGGGUCUUAUUAAACUUGGACAAUCUCGAGAGGAUAAAUUGAGAAGAGUGUCGCCUAAAGUAGAUGAGGGUGAUAUUACUUUUGCAUUGCAGGGAAUACGAUAA